AUGUGGUCAUGGUUCGGUGGUGCGGCCGCGCAGAAGCGCAAGGAAGCGCCGAAGAACGCAAUCCUCCAGCUUCGAAGCCACCUUGACAUGCUACAGAAGCGAGAAAAGCACCUAGAAAACCAAAUGAACGAACAAGAGGCCAUCGCUAAAAAGAACGUGACCACGAAUAAGAACGCCGCCAAAGCCGCGCUCCGACGGAAAAAGGUGCACGAGAAGAACUUAGAACAGACGCAGGCUCAGAUUGUACAGCUUGAGCAGCAGAUAUACUCUAUUGAAGCCGCCAAUAUUAACCACGAGACCCUGGCCGCCAUGAAGGCCGCCGGUGCAGCUAUGGAGAAGAUUCACAACGGCAUGACCGUCGAACAGGUCGACGAGACAAUACUCAGGGACAAACUGCGGGAACAACAAGCCAUCAACGACGAAAUCGCGAUUGCAAUCACAAACCCGGGGUUCGGCGAGCAGGUGGACGAAGAAGAUCUGGAGGCGGAACUCGAGGGCAUGGAGCAGGAGGCUAUGGACGAGCGCAUGCUCCACACAGGCACAGUACCAGUUGCAGAUCAGCUCAAUCGGCUACCUGCGCCAGCGAAUGCAGAACGUAAGGCUCUCCCUUUCCCACCUCAAAAGCGAACUCCGACUGACAGCCUUCCAGCCGCCAAAGCGAAACAGAAAGCAGAAGAAGAAGACGAGGAAGCCGAGUUGGAGAAGUUACGCGCGGAAAUGGCCAUGUGA